GCCGGGCUCCUCCUGGUCAGCUAGCUCCGGGCUGGUUUCCGAACAGCUAGCUAGCCUGGAGACACCCUGGACGGGGCGCACCUGCUGGGCGCGUGGUGUCUGCACCCCAGCAAGCUGGCCAGGGCAAUGUCUCUCCUUUAAAACACGGCGCUUCCCAAGGUAGCUUCGGCUUCUCUUUGCAGCAGCACCGGAACUUUGCCCCCUCUUGGCCGGGAUGAGAUGGUGAUGGGCUAUUACCGGGGGCUCCUGCAUUCGAACGACCAGCUGAGCAUCCUUUGACUCCAGUGCUUCGACCGGCGCUUUGCCCUGGACUCCCGGAUCUGACUCCGCUGCCCUUUCUAGUUCAACAGGUUUCCCAAGCUGAAGCAGGUUUUGGGAGCUGCCGAUAUGGUUGGUCCCAGCUACAAAGGAGCAUUUGCUGCCACUCUGCAGGACAUUCUGGAGUAACUGUGCUUGACUGGACCCACACCCUGUGAACUCUCCAAGGAUGAGAGUCUGUGCUAGGUGGGUGCUGCUGUCACACUGGCUGCUUCUGGCCUAUGUGCUAAUGUGCUGCUGUAAGCUGACGUCUGCCUCAAGCCAGCACCUCCGGGGACACACAGGCCACCACCUAAUCAAGCAGGGUACCUGUGAGGUGGUCGCUGUGCACCGCUGCUGCAAUAAGAACCGCAUAGAGGAACGCUCUCAGACGGUCAAAUGUUCCUGCUUCCCGGGGCAGGUGGCUGGCACGACUCGGGCACAGCCUUCAUGUGUUGAAGCUUCCAUUGUGAUUGAGAAGUGGUGGUGCCACAUGGAUCCUUGCUUAGAAGGAGAGGACUGCAGAGUGCUCCCAGACUCCUCCGGUUGGUCCUGUAGCAGUGGCAAUAAAGUCAAAACCACUAAGGUGACACGGUAGCAGUCGCAGAAGCAUUUUGACCCUGAGGGACAUCAGGAUGCAGAGCCCUGUGUGGAUUACCAGUCUAGUGAGAACUCACGUUGGAGCUCAGAAAUUCACAGCUGCAAUCUGUGCGUCAUGAAAAGUGGCAUUUAUCUGACUGCCCUUGCUUUCUCUGCUUUGUGAUCUGAUUGCACUGAACCUCAACUACAGAUGGCCACUCAGCUGAUAUGUUCUGACCCCAAGAGGAGUACAGCAUGAGCAAUACUAGAGGGAAAGGAACAUCGGAGGUGCCAGAGUGGAGCAGCCCUGGCGGAACCUGGCUGUUCACUUUCUGCCUUUCCCAAGGAAUGUGGACAGGAAGUACAAUGGGACCCCAUCUGUUCCUCUUUCCAAUGUGUCCUUCGGCCACCAUACGGAAGGUGUGAAGGGAGUCUAAAUGACAGAAGAUUUGGCUAACAUAUAUGUGUUCAAGAUUAAAGAACUCAAAUUAUCUCAUGUGGAAAAUUUAUGAACCUUGGAGAAUGGAAGCACUUGUUGGGUUAUUGUAUGUGCAUUUGUAUUUUUUACUUUUGAUAAUUUAACACAGUUACCUUUUUAGUCCAUUCCUGCAUUAGCAGAGACACAGCAGAAACAUUUUAACCUCUGUGCACGGUUGACUGAGUCCUAAGGGAAACAAACUAACACCAGAGAUUUAUAACCAAAGCUUUCUCAUGACAUUCACAAAGGAAAAUAAAUAUGUUGGGGUUUUUAUGACGUGGGUGUAAUCAGAUAGGAAAGCCAUUCAAAAUAUAGGACAAUUUCUGUUUAGAGUAAGGAUGGUUUCUUAGAUCCACUUAAUGCCAAUUAUGUGGAAAUACUUUGGUUAUCUCCUAGAAGUCUUUAAAGGCUAAAUAUUUACAUUACAGAUGAUGCUAGCCUAACAUGAUUCUUUCUAUACCCAUUUGACAGCUUUCUUACUUCUUUAAACAUAAAUAAAACUUCAGUCAUCUUUCCUCUUGUUUCAAUGGUUUUGUAGAUGCUAUCAUAUAUAGAAACAUAAGAAACAAAGACAAGUUGGCACAAUUUUGGAAAGCUAUGUUAUUUGUGUACAUGCUUCUGUAAUAUGGGAUUGAAUGUAUAUACUAAGAGAUGUCAAAAAUAUACCUGCUGUGCCAACUGUCCCUGUCCUUUCACAAUUACAAGGAGAAAUCAAUUCCAUUAUAUUGUCUAUAGUGGUAUCAAUUAUUUGAUUUUGUUCUUGCAGAAGGAAUGGAAAUGGGUGCUACUAUUUAUUGGUUAAACUUUGGUUUGAAUUUGACUUACUGGGUGCCUACCAGAAUAGUAACUCUCAUAUGAAUAAGUAAAAUAUUAUGAUGUUGAUGGCAUAUAAUAUCUUGUGAUUAUUCGGUUUACGACACAAGCUUGCAAGUGUUCUUUUAAACAUAAAUAUAAAAUUGGGUUAACUUU